AUGUUUAUCAAUCAAUGUUGUUUGGUUAUCCUGUCUUUGAGUUUAUUGACUAUCUUAUUUUCAAAGUGGAGUUGGUGUUAGUUUAAGAACUCGGGUGCAAGAAUAUUAUCAUUAUAUGAAAAUAAAAGUAUUUGGAUUUGGAAAAUACAAAUUCUGGGAUAUCCUUCUCCCACUUUCUCAUUCUUAAUUGGGGUUGAAUUAACAUUCAGAAUUUUGAAUUAAUUUGAUGCUUGA